AUGACACGCCCGGGACCUCCGAAUGAAAACCUUCCCACUAUCAAAUUGGUAGUGGUUGGUGACGGUGGUGUAGGCAAGUCUGCUAUCACCAUACAGUUCUUCCAGAAGUUGUUCGUGACUGAUUACGAUCCUACGAUUGAGGACUCUUACAUACAGCAUACGGAAGUGGAUGGACAAUGGUGCAUAUUGGACGUGCUGGACACAGCGGGGCAGGAGGAGUUCAGCGCGAUGCGUGAGCAGUACAUGCGUAAGGGGGAUGGAUUUCUGCUGGUGUACUCCGUCACAGACAAGCAGUCUUACGAGAACAUUAGGCACUUCCACACGCAAAUACUAAGGGUCAAGGACCGCGAGACGUACCCGAUGCUGCUGGCGGCCAACAAGGUGGACCUCGUGCACGUGCGCGCCGUGAGCGAGGACGCGGGCCGCGAGCUGGCGCGCUCGCUGGGCGCGCCCUACGUCGAGACCUCCGCCAAGGAGCCGCCGCUCAACAUCGACGCCGCCUUCCACGAGCUCGUACGUAUAAUCCGCAACCACCCACAACAAGAAGAAAAAACCCGGCGCCGUCGUAAACUGUUCGGCUUCAAGUGUACCCUCAUCUACAAAGCUACUAUUCAAGCCAGUCCAUUCGCCAUAGUGUGGCUACACCCUAACUUAAGAUCUCUGAAGCCAGCGUCUCCCGACACCCACACACACAACGUGGACGCGCACUAG